AUGACUACCUCCAUGCCCCUGUUCCUCUCAGCCAUUAUGCUCCUCAGCAUCUCCUCUUAUGUGCUCCACCAGAGGCUCCUACUGCUGGCUCAGAUAGGGAUCGCUCAUCAACACCAACCCAGGAACCUCACCAUCCUGCUGUGGCACUGGCCCUUCGGCCAUCCCUACAGCCUGGAGGGAGAUGUGUGCAGCGACAAGUACGGUAUCCCAGGCUGCCUCCUCAGUGACAACACCUCCCUGUUCCCCCAGGCAGACGUGGUGGUCUUCCACCACCAUGAGCUGAGGACCGGCCGCUCUUCCCUGCCUCUCCACCUCCCCCGGCCAGUCUCCCAGCGCUGGCUCUGGCUGUCCCUUGAGCCCCCGGUGCACAAUGGCAACCUGACCCAGUACAAUGGACUGUUCAACUGGACCAUGAGCUACCGAGGCGACGCUGACAUAUCCAUGCCCUAUGGGAAGAUAGUUCCGGUUCCACAUAACGGUAACAGUAACAGUAGCAGCUUUGUGAUCCCCAAGAAGGGGGCUUGUCUGGCCAGCUGGGUGGUCAGCAACUACAGGCCGGACCAUGCCAGGAGUCAAGUCUACCAGAGCCUGAGGAAGUACAUUCCCAUAGAGGUGUAUGGACACUGGUCAAAGAGGCCACUGACCGACCAAAGUCUGAUACCCAUCAUUGGCCACUGUAACUUCUACCUGGCUUUUGAAAACUCAGUGGCAUUGGACUACAUAACUGAGAAGUUGUGGAGGAAUGCCUACCAAGCAGGGGCAGUACCUGUGGUUCUGGGAACCUCUCGGGCUAACUAUGAGGCCCUUGUGCCACCAGGCUCGUUCAUCCAUGUCAGUGACUUCAAUAGCACAGAGGGGCUGGCUGUCUUCCUACAGCAGCUGGCCACAGACAGAGGACGCUAUGAGGGUUACUUCAAGUGGCGUCAGACACAUAGAAUCAAGAUGUACACCGACUGGAGAGAGAGGCUCUGUAAUAUCUGUGCCAACUAUCAAAGACUACCAGGUAACAAGGUGUACUACGAUCUGGAGGCAUGGGCCAGUAGAUAA